AUGGGAAAUCUGAACACGCCCAACAUCGGAGAAGGUACCACCGACACACCUCCUGCAUCUGGGGUAGCUGGGGCAACACGGGAAGGGACCGAGAAUCCUCAAAUCCAUGAUCUGGAGGAGAGUGAUUCCGAGCCAGAACCCGGGAAGGAAGAACCCAAGAAAGCAGCAACCGAAUCCUCCAUAACCGCCUACCUAGAGCAGAUGUUCUCUAGGAGGAGCAACCCAGAUUCCUACGCGGAUACCCCUUUUGCGGAAGAGAUUGCCUCGGUUGAGAUGCCUAGAAAGUUCUCCUUCCCCAGCAUCAAGAUGUAUGACGGUACUGGCGACCCCGACAAUCACAUCGCGCAGUACAAGCAAAGGAUGUUGGCGGUUGCACUCCCUAACGAGUCCCGUGAAGCCACGAUGUGCAAAGGGUUCGGUUCCACUAUGAUCGGACCUGCCUUGCAAUGGUACAUCAAUCUCCCUACCAGGUCCAUAUCUUCCUUCGCAGGCCUGAGCGACAAAUUCGUGGAGCAAUUCGCAAGCAGUAGGAGCCUGGAGAAGACUUCAGAUGGUCUCUACGAGAUCCUCCAGCAUCGAGUGGAACCCCUGCGAGACUACAUAGCCCGCUUCAAUCAGGAGAAAGUGGCGGUCCCCGAAUGCAGCAUCCCUACUGCGAUCUCUGCCUUCAAGAGAGGCCUACUUCGAGAUGGGCGGCUAUACAAAGAGCUGACCAUGUAUCCUUGCAAGACCAUGGAAGAUGCGUUGUCCCGAGCCUGGGCGCAGGUGAAGUGGGAGGAAGAUGUCGCUAGCCGUGCCAAGGCUCAGCCAAAGCAGGACCAAAGGUCAGCCCGAUCAGAUCGAGGAGACCGAGAUGAAAGAUCCUCCCAAAGGGGAUCCAAGGACUCUUGUAGUAGAAACAUGGGCAUGUUCCAGUAUCGGCCGCAAGAGAAGGAAGAAGGGAUGUCGGUAUCUGCCUGGCCCGAUAUCUCCCAUCUCUCAAUAUCAACACCAGAGCUAGUCAACGCACUGAGACAGAUGGGGCAACAGGUUAAGUGGCCUCCGAAGAUGAAAGCACUUGACUCGUUCCGGAACCGGGACUUUGGUAAAGCCAAGGCCCACCUCAGCAAAGAGACAGCAGGGAAAUUCAAAGGAGCUGCACCAGCCUCACCACCUCGCCAAGAUCGGGUGAUCCAUGUCAUAUCCAGAGGCUCAGAAGUAAGCGGAGUAAGCCACGCAGCCGCAAAGAAAAGCACCCGUAACGCUAAGCAUGGUCUGGGAACGACCCAACCGAAGCGCCUACUUCUAGGCACCGACGAGAUAAGCUUCACAGCUAAGGAGCAAGAGAAGAUCCUGGCUCCCCACCAUGAUGCUCUAGUUAUCUCUCUCACCGUAGCAAACUGCUGGGUGAAAAGAAUACUAGUAGACAACGGCAGCUCCAGCAACAUCAUCUUCCAGACGGCGUACCAAGAUCUAGGGCUGGAGGAGAGCACCCUGAUGCGCAAGGUAACCCCACUCAUCGGGUUCAGCGGCGAGGUCAAGCAAACCGCCGGAGAGGUUAUCCUCCCAGUAUACGCUGAAGGGGUCAACAUGUCUACCAAAUUCCUGGUCGUAGAUUGCCAAUCGGCAUAUAACAUGAUCUUGGGACGACCCUGGAUUCAUGACAUGGGAGCAGUCCCUUCAACCCUUCAUCAGAUGGUGAAGUUCCCUACACCCUGGGGCAUCAGAAUAAUUAGGGGAGACCAGGAGAACUCUCGAUCCUGCUACCAAACCACCCUGAAGUGGAAGACCAAGGCGGACCCUGAAUCAUUCCAAGAACCCAAGGGAUCCCCAGAGUACCUAUGUCGACCGCUCCGCAUCGUCUCCUCCGAAGCCCUUCAAAGUUGCAUCUGCUCGCAAGACCUGGUCCUCGCAGGACCCUCGUCCCCCGCCUUACAUAGACAAUAUCACCGAGAACUUUAUCAGAUAUCAGCUAGUGGUCUCGCGGAUAAACAAGUGGGGCACGAGUACUCCAAGGAAACCUCCUCAGAGGGUACAUCUGGCGGAUCUGGAGCAAAGGGCGCCUCGCAGACGCAGGAUGGAGACACUUAG